UCGGUGAUGGAUCCGAGCGGGGACCUGAGUCCGGGCAGUUCGGAGAGUUCGCGCCGCGGCCUCGGGGUUGAGGAGCGGGAGGCGUUGGAGGAGCGCCCGGCGGUGGCUGCCGCUGGUGAGGGUCGCUGGCUCCGCGGCUGCAUGGAGCUCCCAUUGCUGGGGAGAGGCGGGGCCGCCGGGCUCAGCCCGAACAUCUUCCCCCUCCUGUUCGACUUAGACGGGAGGCUGGUCAGGGAGUCUCAGUUCAGGAAACUCAUCUUCAAGGAGGGUGGGGUGGACCCCAGUAUUCGUAAGGAUGUGUGGAAGUUUCUGUUCGGGAUGUAUCCCUGCACUUCCACAACUCGAGAGCGUAAGGCGCUGGCGUUGGAGCUAUAUGUCCGCUACAAGAUGAUGAAGUGUCGGUGGCAGACCCUGAUGCCAAGUAGCAGGAGGAUGAGGGUGGAUGAGACUGACACAGAGCUUUAUGAAGCGGCCCUUGCUUAUCAACAAACUGGAGGUGCCUGCAAUCUUAAAGAGCAGAAAGUGGAUCUUUCGGAGGAGAAGAGUGAGCAGAUGACCUUUAUAGAGCUGCAGGCAAAGGUUUAUGUGGACCGUCAGAGAAUCAAUGUACAUGAACUGCAUGAAGCAAUUAGGAUCAUAGACAAAGAUGUACCAAGAACUGAAAGAGACCUGGAUUACUAUCAAAAUGAAGGCGCGAUCAACCUAAUGGUGUUGCGAGACAUACUCAUCACUUUUGCUGCAUUUCAUCCAGAUGUAAGCUAUGCUCAAGGCAUGAAUGACCUUGUUAGCCGAUUUUUAGAGGUGUUGGACUCUGAGGUGGAUGCAUACUGGUGCUCUACAUUCUACUUUGAGAAAGUGUCUCUCGACUUCAAAGAAGAAGGCUUGAUAAGGAAAAUUAGACUUGAGGAGCAGCUCCUGAAGGAACUGGAUUCACAACUUUAUGCACACCUUCUAAAGGAUGAUAUGAAUGGCCUCACCUUCUGUCACAGGUGGCUACUUCUGGGAUUUCAGCGAGAGUUUGAGCACAGCGACGCAAUCCGGCUAUUUGAGAUACUCAGCAGUCACCACCUUGAGCUGAGUUCACUGGAGGCAGAAAGCGCGCGUCAUUCGGAGAGAAUGACGCAUUUCCAGAGGGAAGAAGGCAAGAUCAGGCCUGAGUUGCCGUUGACCAAUAAUGAUUACACCUUUGAACUCUUCAUCUGUGCCGCAAUCUUGCUGGAGAAAAAGGAGCUGCUGUUAAAAUGCUCGGAUGAAGUGGAACUCAUUCAGUUUACAAACAGCUUGCAGGGAGCGCUGAACUUGGACAGAGUUCUCGAAAGAGCAGAACAAGCGUUCUUCAACUACUGCAACAAAUCUGUGAUGGACUGUUUCAAGAAACUCUGUACAGAGCCAAAGAAAAAGGGUUUCUUUAGUUUUAAGUUGAUGGAUUUGUUCUCCUGACAGGCUGCACUGUUACCGAUUACAUCUAGGUUAUGACCAUUGAGGAGAAGCACUUGGGUACAAUUCAGGGCCUGACUCAUCAAAAUAAGAUAACCUCCCAAACUGAAUGUGCCUUUGCAGAAAUCUUUUGAUGUUUACAUUGUAUUUUUAUGCCGAAUUGGCUGACCUUUGUCAGUGUUAUUACUGCAAGGUCCCAGUUAUUAAAGACUUUAAUUUAAAUGCAAUCGUUUUCAUUUCCCUUUCUAAAAUGCAGCCCAUGGUUCAAACUUAUGCUGACCUAUCUCUCACAAGAUUGUUGAAUUAGUCAACCCCCAGUAAAUGCUUUAAAAAGGGCUAAGCUGUGCAACAGCUUGAGCCUUCUGCCCUGUCACAAUAAAACAACGCCCUUCCCUUGUGUUUGGGUUUUCACUGUGCCCGACUUCAUUCUUUUGCCGAGGAGCAAUGCAUGAGAUCAGUUAAUGCUGGUCCCACUGAGGUUCUUCAGGUUGGAUGUUACGAGAGCCGGUCAUGAGGUGAUUGUCUGUCACUCUUGAGGAAAUGCCUCAGUCCUUCCCUGCGAUAAAUCCCUGGGUGUGCAGUGUGUGGAAUAUCCUGGGCAGGACUGCCAUUCUACCACUUUGUGCCUUCGUACUUUCACUAAUUAACCACACCUCUAUCGGCAUAAAUGCUUCAUAAACUGCAUUUAUGCCCACCCAGUGAUAUUUCAGUAGGCUACGAGGAGCCUACAUUUGUGGAAGUAUUUCACUUAAAAAAAAUUUGCAGUGUGAUCAAAAAUGUUGAAUAGAUCUUUUAUUAUUGUUACUGAAUAAUGUUAAAUAAAAUGUGAUCUUAGUUUUGACCUUCAUUUUUUGAGCUCCAUGAAAUUUGAUAUCAUGUAUUCAAACCAUUCAGCUAACACAAUGGGCUCUUUAUACUGCCCACUUAAUUACACAGACGAACAAGUCUGAUUCCAUUGGGAAGAAGGUCUUGCAUCUAUGCUCCACCUUUCAGGAUGUCCUAAAGGUCUGCUUGGCCCAGCUAAUUAAGCAGCUUCUUUUUGAAGGAAAUAGGCAGCCAAUUUGCACACAGCAAGCUCCCACAGCC